AUGCAGUACAACUUUAAGAAGAUCGCGAGCGUGCCCGCGGCGAGCGAUUUCAUCGACGUCGUCCUGAGCCGCACGCAGCGACAGACGCCGACGGUCGUCCACGCGGGCUACGCCAUCGCGCGCAUUCGCCAGUUUUACAUGCGCAAGGUGAAGUACACGCAGCAAUCGUGGAACGAAAAGCUGUCGAGAAUCCUCGAAGACUUCCCGAGAGUCGAUGACGUGCACCCGUUCUACAGCGAUCUGCUGAACGUGCUGUACGAUAAGGACCACUACAAGCUGGCGCUAGGGCAGCUGAACACGGCGCGAGCGAUGAUUGAUAAAAUCGCGAAGGAUUACGUGAAAUUGCUCAAGUAUGGGGAUUCGUUGUACAGGUGUAAGCAGUUGAAAAGAGCGGCGCUGGGGCGGAUGUGCACCAUCAUGAAAAAACACGCGGCGAGCUUGGCGUAUUUGGAGCAGGUGCGACAACACAUGUCGCGUCUGCCGAGCAUCGAUCCGAACACGCGGUCUAUUUUGGUGUGCGGGUAUCCGAAUGUGGGUAAAUCGAGCUUUAUGAACAAGGUGACGCGAGCGGAUGUUGAGGUGCAGCCGUACGCGUUCACGACGAAGUCGAUUUACGUCGGUCACACGGAUUACAAGUACUUGCGGUGGCAAGUUUUGGACACGCCGGGAAUUUUGGAUCGACCGUUGGACGAACGAAACACGAUUGAAAUGCAGUCCAUCACCGCCUUGGCGCAUCUUCGAGCGGUCGUGCUGUACAUAGUAGAUAUUAGUGAGCAGUGCGGAUUCUCGAUCGCGCAACAGGCGGCUUUGUUUCACUCCAUCAAACCGUUGUUCGCCAACAAGCCGCUGGUGGUGGCGAUUAACAAAAUCGACGUGCGCAAGCUCGAGGACUUGAGCGCCGAGGAUCGGGCGCUGAUUGACGGCAUGCGCGACGCCAUGCGUGGCCCGGCGGCGAUGCAGCUCGGCGAUGACGAUGCUCUGCCGAUCAUGUCCACACUCAGUGAAAACGGGGUCAUGGAGGUGAAGAAUAGAUGUUGCGAUUUGUUGCUCGCGCACCGGGUUGAGCAAAAGCUCGCCAGUCGUCGCGCGGGAGAGGUGAUGAACCGCUUGCACGUCGCCACUCCGGUGCCGAGAGAUUCGAAACAGCGUCCGGCGUUUAUACCAUCGACGCUCGAGGCGAGCCGCGCGCGAAAAGCCGCGGGUGAAAAGAUUGUCACGGAGAAGGAGUUGCAAGAACAAAACGGCGGCGCCGGUGUGUACUCGGCGGAUUUGCGCAAGCGCUACAUGCUGGAGAACGACGAUUGGAAGUACGACAUCGUUCCCGAGAUUUACAACGGCAAGAAUGUGGCGGACUUUAUCGAUCCCGAGAUCGAGGCCAAGCUCGCCGAGCUCGAACGCGAGGAAGACGAGCUCGAGGCGAAGUGGGAAGCCGAGCGCAUGGACCGCGAGCCGCAGGAGGCGGAUUUAGACGAAGACGAGCGCGCGCUCCUCGGCGAGGUUCGCACGCGCCGCAACAAGCUCGUCGCCGAGCACAGACGAAAGAAAGCUGCCGGAAACAACAAUCCAGUCGUCCCACGCAAGGUGGACCACGAACGCAAGCUCAACACGAAGAACAUGAAGUCAAGCUUGGAGUCCAUGGGCUUGGACGCCACCGCCGCCGUCGAGCGCGCGCGGUCGCGCUCUCGCGUCGUCAAGCGCGGGCGUUCCAUGGGCGCCGACGCCUCCAUGGGCGCCGACGACGCCAACGAAGACGGCAAGAAGAUGCGCACAUCCAAGUCUCGCUCAAAAUCCGUCGCCAAGCGCGUCAAGGACGAAGUCGGCGGCGGCCUCAAGAGCGUCGACGCCACCCUCCGCGCGACGAAGAUGGCGGACAAGGCGCAGCGCAAGCGCAACAAGUUGGCCAAAUCCGGCGAGGGCGAUCGCACCAUCAACACCAAGCUGCCCAAGUGGUUAAACAGCGGCAAGCGCGGCAACGGCAAGACCGAUCGCCGUUAG